AUGAAGAGAAGGACGAUGAUUGGAUUCGAUUUCGAGAUCUGCUUGGUUUUCUUCGUGAAUAUGUUUGUUUACUGGAAUCCGCUACCAUGGCGACCAUGGCUUCCCAAUAGUUUCUAUCGUGGGUUUUCUAUUGGUUCUACUCAUAAAAACGUGUUCGGCCCUAGCCUUAAGGAAGGUCCAUGGAGUUGAGUUUGCUAAUUUUCUGGGUCACCGCCGAUAGCUGCGACUGAUCCUCCGAUCAGAUAUAUCGACUGCACAUAUGUACGGAACGUUGUUGUCGAGGGCAUUUAGUAGCGGCUAAGGGAGUUAUUUGUUCAUUUUUGCUUCUAUUUUGGCAAUAACUGUUUAUCAUGCAACAAACAAAAAAUGAAAUGAUGUUUCUCGAAUUUGAUUCAUUUCGGCCAUAACUCUACUGUUCUCCAUUCUUCAUGGGUGCAGAUUUAUCGUAGUAAAACUUUCGGAUAUCCGCAAAGAAGUUCAAUGUCCAAUAUGCUUGGGGAUUAUUAGGAAAACAAGAACAGUGAUGGAGUGCCUGCAUCGCUUCUGCAGAGAAUGCAUUGACAAAUCUAUGCGUAUGGGCAACAAGGAAUGUCCUGCCUGCCGCACGCAUUGUGCUAGUCGCCGCUCACUGAGAGACGAUCCAAAUUAUGAUUCUCUAAUUUCUGCUUUAUAUCCAGAUAUUGAGAAGUAUGAGGAAGAUGAGCUGGCUUUCCGGGAAGAAGAGAGAGUCCGCAAUAAGCAGAUUCAAGCUUCCAUAGCUCAGACCUUGCAUCGACAGUCCGAAGCUGUUAGUAAGAAACGCCCUCCUUCUGUAAGGAGGUUGCGAGGUAAUAAUAACCACAGGAACAACCACUCAAGGGGGAAAAGGAGCUACAGAAAUGAUGCUGAAUUUCCAACAUCUGAUGACAUUGAGGAUCCAACUGCUGAAGAUGGAGGCAAAGAUUCUUCUUCUGAUGAACAAACGGAGCGGUAUGAGCGGAGAACAAAAGGAUUCAGGACACAAGGAGCUGCCAAGUUCUCCCAGCCUCCUUGUUUGGCUGCUUGUUCAGAUGGAGCUGGUGAAGACAAUGACUCGGAAGUAAACAGAGAAGCCCCUGGUGCAGCAUCUUCCAGGCAUGUGGGCAGCUCAGAGAGGCUUGUCUGGGGCAAAGGGGGCAUGCGCAGCCACACAAGACAUGGCAGUUUGAGUAUUGGCAACAGCAAGAAUGUCAAAAACAACCGCCUCUCUGCAUUGGCAGAUUACCUUAGGAAUUCAGACGACAAUUCUGAGGAGCGUGAAGUCCAUUUGCUGUUAUUUUCCUAUGAUCAGCGAAUAAUUCCCAGUUUGCAGCUUCCAUAUGUUUGCUGUCGGCCAGCCUCGUCAGUCCGACACCUUUGUCAGUACGUUGCUCAUCAAACUGGAUUUCAAGCUGAUGAAAUUGAUAUGUUGUUGAUACAAGAACUACACCCCAAAAUCGAGCCUUCAACCUCGAUUGACGUUUUAGUUUCAAAGUCAUUAAUUCCACACCCCACCGAAGAUAAUUUUCAAGUUUUGAGAGAGCAACAAACCUUGGGAGAGCUCAAAACUCACUGCUCCACUCGUGGCCAACUGCUCCUGGCAUAUCAGAAGAAGCCGCGUCAAUCACAGCUGGGCUGAGGACGACUUAAAAGAACAAGCAACCACGUCUCUAUUAACCCAGAAAAAUCAAACCAUGUAAAAAAUUUAUAUUAUAAUCUUAGACGUCCCAAAUUUACCAAAUUUGGACGUUCUUCAAUAGUGGGUAACUACUCAUUGUCUAUAUUGCUUUGCUAUUUGGAAGUUAUUCCAUUUUCCCCUCUGUUUCUUUGUAAUAUAUGGAAACCAAUAAUCAUUUUUCUACAAUUAGAGUUUACGUGGCAUUUGGAUGCAAUGAAACCGUUCA